UGCGCCGAGACGCGGAGACAGACGCGAGCUGCUGGGUCUCAGAUUAAUCUUUAGGUUGCAGCCAGAGCCAGCAGGAUGCCGCUACGUGUCGUAAUGCAGGGCCCUGGGCCCUGGGGGUUCCGGCUGGUCGGUGGAAAGGACUUCGAGCAGCCGCUGACUAUUUCCCGGGUUACGCCUGGGGGUAAAGCCGCUGAGGCCAGCCUGUGUAUUGGGGACAUGAUCUUGGCGAUUGAUGGUGAAUCAACAGAGAAAAUGACUCACUUGCAAGCACAGAACAAGAUCAAGGGGUGCAUUGAGGAGAUGGUGCUUUCCAUUGACAGAUCAGAGAUUAAAAUGUGGUCUCCACUUGUUUCCGAGGAGGGGAAGACGAAUCCGUACAAGAUGAAUCUUUCGUCAGAGCCACAGGAGGUGAAACAAAUAGGCUCCGCCCACAACCGGAGCGCUCUGCCAUUCACAGCUUCUGGUUCCAAAGUUUUGACCAACCAGUACAACAACCCUGCUGGUCUGUACUCCUCAGAGAACCUCAAGGACUUCAACUCAGCUGUGGAUGAAGUUCAAAGCUUGGCUACAGCCAGUGACCCCAGCAACAAAGCAGAAGUAUCAAACUCAGGCAAGCGACCCCCUGUAGCAGUAGAUUCAGAAGUGUACAAGAUGCUGCAGGAGAACCAGGAGUCUGACGAACCUCCUCGACAGUCAGCGUCAUUCAAAGUCCUUCAGGAGAUUCUUGACACAGGUGAUUCUGAUAAACCAUCAGGAUUCAGGAGUGUCAAAGCACCCACGACAAAGAUCGGAUCAACAGUGGGAAAUGCAGAGAAAUUGCCCGUCUGUGACAAAUGUGGAUCUGGAAUUGUGUAAGUAUUAUGAUUAUGAGGAUGUUUGUUUUACAGUGCAA